GAACUGUUGCUGAAACAUGGGGCAGAUGCGGAGAUUGCCAACUGCAACGGCGGCACGUGUCUCAUCAACUCUGUGCAGAGUGCUCCUUUGUGUCGCAUGUUGUUGCAGCACGGCGUGAAUGCGAACGUGGCUGAUCUGCACGGCCGAACAGCUGUGCACUACGCAGUGAGCAUGAACAAGCUGGAGGCGCUCCAAGUGCUCGCCGAGUUCAACGCCGACUUUACGACACGGACGAUCCAAGGCGAAACUCCGUUGAUGCUGGCGUGUCGCGAGGCCAAGUGCAACGUGUUCGAGUUCCUCGUGGACCAGGUGCGACGCGUGCACUCGUCGUCGUCGUCGUCGGCGGCGGCAUUAGAGCGAGAGUUGUUGGACGCCCUCCUGCUCAUGGGCGCCUCUUUGUACGAGGUGUGUUCGCAAGACUGCACGCAGUAUUGGGCGUCGGCAGUUGACGUCAUGUCUGCUGCUGCUGCAUCAUCCGCUGUCCUUGAUGAUGAUGACGACAAGAGCAGCAGCAGUAGUAGUUUCCUGGACCUGCCUUUAUUCCGGGGUCGCCGAAUCUUUCGCACGACUGAGGAAUUCGAAGAAAUGCUGAUGGACUCGGACGCCGGAGCAGCACAGACUGCUCAGUACUGGUUCGAGGAAAAAGUGCCUGUCGACCUGGUUCUCGAUCUGCUGGACAUGAUCAUCCGGGAAAUCGAACCCAGUCGCCAGUUGUUGAGCCUGCAUCCCCAGUCGACGAACCAGGUCGUGGCCUUUGACGACGUCCUGUGUUGCAUCCCUCACCUGCUGCACUACGUCGCGGAGACGGAGGAAGACCACCCCCGGCUCGUGGCCAUUUGCAGGCAACUCGGAGAGAUGAACUCCAGGACGUUCGUGACGGGCCUGUCGGUGCUGCAUUCCGCCGUCACGACGACGAGGAGGUUCUCCAUUGAGACGGUCCUGACGCCGGAGCAGUACCCGAGUGUGGGCCCGACGUUGCCCAGCUUGAAGUUGACUCAGGUGCUGCUCAAGGCUGGCUGGAACCCGGACGUGGUGGACAAGUGCUUCACUACCCCGCUGCACAGCGUUCUGUGUGCCAAGUACCCGGGCUCUGUGAUCCCCAAGGACAAGAUAGCCAAGCUGUUGCUGGAUGCCGGCUGCCAAGUGGACCUCGUGGACGCCCGAGGGCGGCGGGCCUUUGAGUACCUGCCCCCGAGCGAGAAGCGCGUGCUGAGUCUGCGGAAUCUGGCUGCCACUGCAGUCGGCUUGUUGCCGAACCCGAAGACGCGGGACGAGCUGAGCGGGAUCUUGCCGGCAGAGCUCGUGCCUUUCGUGGCCCAGAGAACGUACAGGGCAGACGAGGCCACGCUGGCCCUGGCCCAGUUCUCCAACUCGGCCACCUACUUUUAUUUCCGCGAGGACGACGGCAUGUGCGUCCUCUUUGCAUAACCAUGAUGAUGAUGAUGAUGAUGCGCUUUUCCUCGCUGACUAUAAUUGGUGGACUGUGUUGUAUUGUAUAUGUAUGUAUGAAUGCUGCAUUUCACGACUUAUUGGACAUACGAUGAGACGCCGUUUAUAUUCCUUUCCUGUUUUUUUUUUCAAAUAAAGGUUGUCGUUUAUAUGACAAUGAGACUAAUAAGAACGAUUGGGCUCGUCAUCAUCCUUUUCUGCUAAAGUAAAUUGAAAGAAGGCAGUUUUUUUUUUCUUUAUCGUAUCACGUUGAAAAUUCAAGAGCGAAACAUUUUAUUGCUGUGAUUUUCAAAUGAAAUUCAGUGGCGACUCGUAAAGUACGUAUAUUGUAUUCCAUGUGGUAAAAUGCGGCAUUCGAACUAAUAUUGUGCCUUUUUGCAACGACGACAACUUGUGCUUUCAACUUAUGUACUGUACUGUAUGCUGUUUCUUUUGCUGCUUUCGCUCACAUUCGCGGCAAUAUAUGCGCAUGACUCAUCACCCUUUCCAUCAGUGCCAAUGUACCGUAUUUUCCCUCGAAAUGAUGAUGGGGUCCACACUUUUUCAGAAAUGCUCAUUGUGAUUUUCGUUGUCAACUUGACGUCCACGAGCUGUUCAGAAAGAAAAUACGUUUUUCUUGUAAACAAAAA